UGAGAGCUUAUUCUUAUGUCACAAUCUUUUUAUUAGUACAUAGCCUUUAGGAGUUGAGUAAUCAAUCAAUUGCAAAAUUUCUCAAAUCAAAAUUAUUUUUUUGGGAUUUACUGCUACUUGAUAGAUAUUUUUUUCUGAUUGGUUGGUUGCUGGGGAAGGAUUUAUUUCACAUUUUCUCUCUCCAUGUCCCAACCUCAACUUUCACAUCCAUAGUUGACAAAAUUCAUUGAAAUUCCCUUAAAAUACUUGUAUACUUUUGUUCUUUCCCAACACUAGAUUGGUUACAGUUACUACUCUACUUUUGUAUACUAUGAACAAAUCUCUACAUUUAUAGCACUAAACUCAAUAAUUUUUGGAGCGCAGAAAUUGUUUUUCUAACUAGAUUUCUGGGUCUUAAACAUUUUAUUGAGAUUUAAUCAUAAUAAUGGGAAAAAGUAUGAUUUUUAGGUGUUUGUUUUUAUGGGUUUUGGGUUGUUUUUGUGGUGCAUUUGCUAAUCAAGAGAAAGAUAGGAUAAAAUGGUUGCCAGGACAACCACAAAAUGUGAAUUUUGCACAAUAUUCUGGGUAUAUUACAGUUGAUAAACAAGCUGGGAAAGCAUUGUUUUACUGGUUGACUGAGUCACCUUCUGAUCCUGAGUCAAAACCAUUGUUAUUAUGGCUUAAUGGAGGUCCUGGUUGUUCUUCUAUUGCUUAUGGUGCUGCUGAGGAAAUUGGUCCUUUCCAUAUUCAGAAUGAUGGCUCCACUCUUUAUAUGAAUCCUUAUUCUUGGAAUAAAGUGGCAAAUCUGCUUUUUCUUGAAUCACCAGCUGGUGUUGGAUUCUCAUACUCAAACAGAACAUCUGACUUGUAUACUUUUGGUGACAGUAGAACUGCUAAAGAUGCCUAUAAAUUUCUUGUUAGAUGGUUCAAUAGGUUCCCUCAGUACAAGAACAGAGAGUUCUACAUUGCUGGGGAAAGUUAUGCAGGCCAUUAUGUUCCACAAUUGUCUCAAAUCAUAUACAGAAGAAACAAGGGAAUUGAGCAACCCUUAAUGAACUUCAAGGGCUUUAUGGUGGGAAAUGCAGUUACAGAUGAUUAUUAUGAUUACAUUGGUACAUUUGAGUAUUGGUGGACCCAUGGUUUGAUUUCAGACACAACCUAUAAAAGCCUUAAACAUGCUUGUUUAAGUGGAUCAGCAACUCAUCCUUCAAUUGUAUGUGCAAAAGCCUUAGAUGCUGCUGAUUUAGAGUUCGGAAACAUAGAUCCUUACAGUAUUUAUACUCGUACUUGCAACACUACUUCUUCUUCGAAACGCAUUCUAAUGGGUCAUUAUCCUUGGAUGAGGAGAGCAUAUGAUCCAUGCACAGAGAGCUACUCAAAAGAGUACUUCAAUCGUCCUGAUGUUCAACUUGCUAUGCAUGCUAAUACAACCAAAAUCCCCUAUCCAUGGGAUACUUGCAGCGACAUUGUUGGAAAUUACUGGUCAGAUUCGCCACGUUCAAUGCUUCCAAUUUAUAAAGAACUCAUAGCUGCUGGCUUGAAGAUAUGGGUAUUCAGUGGAGACACCGAUGCUGUAGUGCCUAUAAGUGCUACACGGUAUUCUAUUGAUGCGCUCAAACUUCCUACACGAACCAAUUGGUACCCUUGGUAUGACAACGGAAGGGUUGGUGGAUGGAGCCAAGUAUACGAGGGCUUAACAUUGGUGACGGUAACAGGAGCCGGACAUGAAGUACCUCUUCAUCGCCCACGACAAGCAUUCAUACUAUUUAACCAUUUCUUGAACAACAAGUCAAUGCCUUCCCAAACUUCAAGUUGAUCAUUCUCAUUAUCAUUUAUUAUUCAUAAAUCACACUUACACUUCAUUUUUACUAUUCCUCAUUUGUUGGAGCACAAAACGAGACUAGACUGAGGAAAAGAAAGGACUGGAAUCUUGUCUGAAACAGAGAUAUUUAUUUCAACCAAAGCAAGAUUUGAUUUUCUGCCAAGUAUAGAAAUUAUCAAUAGGGAGCAAAUUCAUCCCUCCCUCUCAUUCUUAGAUUACAAUUAAUUUCACCAUGAAUUCUUAUUUUUUCUUUAAAGUAAAUGUACAUUUAUUUU